AUGGCAGCUUUAGGUAGUUCAGAAGGCAUCAAAGCCUUAGCAUGGGCCUUUGCCAACUCAGUCAUCUUUCCCCUUGCACGCUGUACGUUAGCUGCUAUUUCUUCAGAUAAAUCCACCCAAGCUGGUGGUAAACCUACUGCAGCUGUACCCCUACUGCAACAAGAAAAGACAGCAAUUAUUAGGAGAGGAAUGUUUCUAGCAACAAAUCAAUCUCACCCGAUUCCGGGACUCAUCAAUGGUGCCAAUUUAUCAACAUCAAGAUGCACAAGAGCUAAAUCAAUAAUGGAAAAGGAUCUGUUAGGGUUAAGCAAAGAAGAAGUCGACAGCUCGAUCACGGGACCUCCGCCGCCGCCGGAGCUCGAUGGCGACGAGCCCGCUGGAACCCUGACGCUCUUCAAAGCAUCUCUAUACCUUCUAUACAAAAUCGUCCUGUUCCUCGUCGCCAUCAGUAAAUGGAUCAAAAAGAUUUCUACAGAAUCUACAAGAAGUAUAAAAAUCAAACUAGGAAAGGGAUCCAUGAGUGAUGAAAUGGGGACUGAUUCAAUAGGUCUGCUGGGUUUCAAACGAAGCGGAAAAUGUGAUCAGGACAACGGGAAAAGGGCCGGGCUGAACUUCGGGCUGAUAUUUUUGGUGAUAAACUCCUCACGGGUGGCUGAGAGCUCCAAUGGUUGGUGGCGAGUUGGGGGAGAUUUUCCGGUAAGUCUAAUAAUAGUUACUACCGGAACUCCAUGCCCCGUGGUUGAGCACGGCUACGCGAGAGAAAACGACGUGACUCAAGGGUGCUGCUCGAUUUUUUCGGCUGAAUUUUUGGGAAGGUUUUGCACACUCCUUGGCCAGAGUUUUGAGGAAGGAGACGCGUGA